CAAUUCCGGAUUUCCAAUACCCGAAGAAGAAGAAUUGGAUGGCGUUGAGUGUACUGCUGAGACUUGAGAGCGCCAUUAACUCCAAAUUCAAAAAUAUGCUCUCUCGUCUGUAUUUUCUCCCCUCUAACUGAAAUUCUGAAUUGUGAUUGGUGAAUGGGUGUGCAACUGUGAAGUUUUGGGAAGAUUUACAUCUCUCUUUGAUUAGAGAUGCAAUCAGAGGUUUGCUUUAUCCAUUUUCCAUGGACGGGGAACCUAACCUUCCGGUUCCGGCCCCACAACUAAGCUCCAAGACCAACUUCAACUCCUCCUCCUCGUCCUCGUCAUCGUCUUCUUCCCAACCUGAUUUUCUCCGUAAUGUUCAAGCUGCUUUCAAACGACAUCGUUCCAUUGGUACAAUGCAAUCAACUAAUUUGUUACCAAGACGUAGCGUGCCGCCGCAACGAGACACAUCCUCAAGCUCCGGCUUCUAUUCAGGUUUAAAAGUAGAGACCAAAAGGUGUGUAGAUGUUGCUUCUCAACCCAAGAUUUUUGAUGGGCAAAGGAAUGAGGCCGCUGUUGAGGCUCAGGAAGAUGCCUCAUUUACACCUCCUUCCAUCUCGGCUACUAUCACAAAUACAUAUGAUGACAAGUAUAACCCAUUUGGAGCUAACAUCAAGGAAGAUCAACCAGCUGUUCACUGUAAAGACGUCGACAUGAAUGUUUCCUCGUGCGUAGAAUCAAAACAUUGUCAAAUGCCCGAGGGAUCAAAGAAAGUCAAGUUUUCAGUGGCUAGUUCCGCCGUUGCACAGGGCGCUGAUGGUCAAAAGGCCACCAGAUUGGACUUGAUCACCAGAUUGGACAACUUAUCUUCUCAUAUGGAUUCACUUGCAUUGACAGAAAUGGACUGGGAUGCAGUUAAUCAAGCAGAGUCGUCAAAUGUGAUUAGCAAUGAACCAAAACACCAGAAUCCUGUUAGCACUGAUGCAGAUGGUGUUAUAAGAGCUGAUGGAGGCUCUUCUGUACUUGCAACAAGAAUGUCAUCUCUUCAGAAUCAGCUGCACCACUUUAGGAACUUCCUGCAUAAUGAUGUAAACCAUCCAAUGACACAAUCUUCGUGUGCCACCACAACCUCUGUCCACGCAACGUCUGCUCCACUGCUUAAUUCAACUACUCAUUCGUGUCUGCAUCAAGACAGUUCAGCUGUAAGGUCCUUAGCUGAUGCCAAUAUCAAAUCUGAAAACAUAGCCCUAGGAGAUGGGAUGCAGCAAGCCGGUUCUACAUCCAUGCUAGUCAGUGUAGCUGAUACUGAUAGGGCACUCAGUGGAGCUCAAGCUUCAAGCUCUGCAACAAAUGCCUCAACACAAGUUAAAGAAAUUCUUCAAAAUAGCAACUUGCUGCAGCAAAGUCAAGCAUUGACAGAUCCAUCUCAAAUUCAAGGUCAGGCUGUAAAAGAGAAAGAACGAGCGCCAGAUGCUUCAAAUAUUCCGCCACCUUGCGCCCCAUCAAAAGACGUAUCUUCUGAUGCAAAGCUGGAGCCUUCUAAAUCAGAUAAACACGAAAAGGCUCCAUCUCGGAGAAAGGGUUAUGAUCCUGACUUGUUCUUUAAGGUGAAUGGGAAACUUUAUCAAAGGCUUGGCAAGAUAGGAAGUGGUGGAAGCAGCGAAGUUCAUAAAGUUAUUUCAUCUGAAUGUACAAUUUAUGCCCUGAAAAAGAUCAAGCUCAAAGGUCGUGAUUAUGCAACUGCUUUAGGAUUUUGUCAAGAGAUCGUCUAUUUAAAGAAGUUGAAGGGGAAGGAUAACAUUAUCCAACUUAUUGAUUAUGAGGUCACGGAUAAAGCUUUAUUGCAUGAAGUCAUGAACGGCUCUACUAGUAGCAAGGACAACCGAGUCAAAGAUGAUGGAUAUAUUUACAUGGUUCUUGAGUAUGGAGAAAUUGACUUGGCUCACAUGCUGUCACAAAAAUGGAAAGAAAUUGAACGGUCCAACUCAACUAUGGAUCAAAACUGGCUUCGUUUUUACUGGCAGCAAAUACUCCAAGCUGUAAACACAAUUCAUGAGGAACGUAUAGUGCACUCUGACUUGAAGCCAGCUAAUUUCCUCCUUGUCAAAGGUUCAUUGAAGCUCAUUGAUUUUGGCAUUGCUAAAGCUAUAAUGAGUGACACAACCAACAUCCAACGGGAUGCCCAGGUGGGUACAUUGAGUUACAUGUCUCCAGAGGCAUUCAUGUGCAACGAGAGUGAUGCACAUGGGAACACUAUAAAGUGCGGGCGCUCAUCCGACAUAUGGUCUCUUGGUUGCAUUCUUUAUCAAAUGGUAUAUGGACGGACACCUUUUUCAGAAUACAGGACAUUCUGGGCCAAAUUCAAAGUAAUCACUGAUCCCAAUCAUGAAGUCAUAUAUGGUCCAGUUUCCAAUCCAUGGCUUCUGGAUCUUAUGAAGAAGUGUCUUGCAUGGGAUCGCAAUGAAAGAUGGAGAAUCCCUCAGCUUCUCGAACACCCAUUUCUUGUUCCUCCUGUAAAGUCGGUAAUGUCCCCUGCACAAGAACAGAACUGUAAAUUUAUUGAUGUGCUAGUUGAAUCUUGUGCAAAUGAUGAGAAAGUCUCAAGUCUAUGUUCUGAGCUACAACAGCUACUAGGAGAUCCAGCUGCAGCAGCUCGUGAUCAGCAAUUUAGAAAUUUAUCGCAAAUCUCAAGCAUAUGUCGGCAACUACAGGAGCACAUCACAAAGACCAGCUAGUUAAAAGUCUCAAGUCUAUGUACAGUACAAGUUUUUUGUUAAGCACUUGAUUCACGUUCUCUUCUACACAAAAUGAGUUGUUUUUAUAGUCGCUGAUUUACAAAAGUUCUUCAAGACGCCUGUUGACGAAUUUAUUGAAUCUGGAUUUAUGAUUGUUGUACAAUCCUGUAAUGUCCAAGAAGUGAAUGUAGCUCCCAUUGUUCUGAAGUGAUAUAGUAUUCUCCAAUCCGAGAGGUUUUCUCUAUUUUA